GAGAGAGCCACUAGUGAACAUUGCCCAAAAAUCCCUGCCAACUGCAAUGCACUCAGAAAACGAAGACCAAGUUGAAAAUAAAUGUAGUGUCGAGUGGGAAUGGAAUUUGUACUCCAAGUGCAGAUUCAAUCCAUUGUGAAUCGAUUUCCAAACGAUUUCAGACGUUCAGAGGAGCGUGCCCUAACGGCACUCAAGCGCAGAUUCAAUUCACGACGUGCCCUAACGGCACUCAAAUUACAAUGCCCGUUGCAAAAAGCAGAUCGUGUUACCGUUGGAAAAAGCAGGAUUUCACUUCUUUUAAAAGGAGAUAUACUAGAGAAGCAGGGCAGAUUGUAUUGUUCUUUCAAUUUUUUUGGUUUUCUUUUUAAGUUUAAUUUUUUUUGGCGUGGCCAUGCCUCUGAGUAUUGCUUUCCUGAGUUUUAGUUUGGAAUUUUUACUUUUUAUACUCAGAUGUUUUCAUUUUCUUUCUGGGUUUGAAUUGCAAUUUUUUGUUUUGAUAUUUUGUGAAUUUCUUUUCUGUGGGUUGUCAUUCUUAAUGGGCAUGGAGGUAGGCAGCAGCAAGAAUUCUUCUUUCUGGAGUGACUUAUUGGAGUUAUGGACAGAAAAUGGAUGGACAUUUUUGGAGGAUUUUUGGUUGAGAAGGAUUUUGGAGAUGAAUUGGAGGAUUUUGUGGAAGAAGGAGGAUUUGGGAGCUGGAGAUUUGGAUUCCUCGUCAGAUCUUGCCAGGAAUGCGAGAUCAGCUAAGAUAUUUGGAAUUUUCAACAAUUUGCUGGGAUUUUUGGGAGGUAGAUCCCCUAAAAAAAUGCAGCAUCACCAUACGUGGAACAAAUCUUCUUCAGUAGAUGAUCCAGAAAGAUGGUCCAAAGGGCAGAGCCAGAGGUGAUUGACUCUGCUUGACCCCACCAAUACUUUCACCAUAUCUUGGUCACCAUGCCGUCAAGGAGCAUCCCCGGUUCACAACAAUCUUGCAUCAACCAAAAACAUUUUCCUUUUUGUUUUGUUUGCAGUUUCGCUUUUCCUUUCUGUGUGUCCCGGUUUUGGCGCACCGGAUCCUGUGGAGUUGGAUUCUAUUUGAAGACUUGAUCAUCUUUCUUGCUUUCAGACCGCAUCACAUUUAGAUCACUUACCGACAAGAUAUCGCUACCGAUUUUCAUGACAGUUUCUUGUUAUCAGUUGCUUGAGACCUAUUUUAGUGAUCUACCAAAUCCCAUUCCGAAGUUUGCAGAACCUUGAGCAUUGAUUUCGAUGUUUCUUGGCGUGUGGCCGACCUUUUUCUGCGAUUUGUAGUGACUUGCCAACAACCCUAGGGAAAAACACUAACCUAAGCCACUAAAAGUGGACUUUUUUUUGGUUGUUCGCAAAGGUUCACUUAGCAUUAUUAAAUACUAAUUAUAAUUAGUUGUUUUGA